AUUUUCAAUAUCGUUUUUUAUAUUUUUAUCAUUAUUUUUAUAUUUAUUACUAAUAUUUAUAUAUUCAUUUUUUAUUAUUUCAUUAUUAUCAUUUUUUUUUAAUUUUAAUUUAUAAUUACUUGUAUCUAUAUUUUUAUUAUUUAUUUAAUUUAUAUUAUUACUU